GCGAAAAAAUGGCGAUGGUGAAAGUUUGAAGGGGACCGCCAAACAGAGCCGAGGAGACCCGGCUAACACUGCCUGAAAAGUGCCUGUGAGGACAAGCAAGAAGGCGACAUUUCCCGCAGUGAAGAUGUUUGAGGACGUGUUUGAAAGCUCCGACGUUCUCGAACCUCACACGCCACUGCUGAGUGACGUGGAGCCGUGGGGGCGGGGCUUGGAGGAGGAUGCCAGCCUGAGUGUGGGACAGUUUGUGCUCUGUCAUUGGUCAGAUGGACUCUACUACCUGGGCAAGAUACUCAGGGUCAGCCCGCCCAGGCAGAGCUGCUUCGUCGCAUUUGAGGACAACUCCAAGUUUUGGGUCCUGUGGAAGGACAUUCAGCAUGCCGGCGUGCCAGGAGAGGAGCCGCGUUGCUCCUUGUGUCGGGAGGCGGAUCCCAACUCCGACAGUCAAACAAACCAAAUUCUCAUUUGUGGAAAGUGUGGCAUAGGCUUCCACCAGCAGUGCCAUGUUCCUCCUGUAGAGGGCAGCAGUGACAGUCCCUGGUUUUGUAGACGCUGUGUCUUCGCCCUGGCUGUUAGGAAAGGGGGCGCUCUGAAAAAAGGGCCAAUAGCCAAAGCUCUGUUAGCAAUGAAGCAGGUUCUGUCGUACGACCUGGAUGCUCUGGAGUGGGACUCUCAGCAUCGGACCAAUCAGCAGCAGUGUUACUGCUACUGUGCAGGACCGGGAGAGUGGUACCUGAAGAUGCUGCAGUGUUUCCAGUGCCAGCAGUGGUUCCAUGAAGCGUGCACGCAGUGCCUCCAGGACGGCAUGAUGUUCGGGGACAGGUUCUUCUUCUUCCUGUGCUCCGUCUGCAACAAGGGAGCCGAGUACGUCCGGCGUCUGUCCCUCCGCUGGGUGGACGUGGUCCACCUGGUCCUGUACAACCUGUCGCUGAGCAACAAGAAAAAAUACUUUGAGCUGGACGAGAUCCUGGCUUUCGUCUCCUCUAACUGGGACCACUUGCAGCUGGGGAAGUUGUCCAACACUCCUCCGGCAGACAGAGGGCAGCACCUGCUGGACGCCCUCAACAAAUACAAGAGCAAGUUUCUGUGCGGGAAGGAGAUCAAAAAGAGGAAGUGCAUCUUUCGUCUGAGGACGCGCGUUCCCCCCACACCUCCUUCCAAACUAUUCCCCGAGCGUGCUCACUAUGAAGUGGGGCGGGGCUGUAAGAAGGGUGUUGUUAGGACCAGUGCUUCAUCCGAGAGGAGGAAGAGGAAGUCCAAGUGGUUAUUGGAAGACGCCAUCCCCAAUAAUGAGCUGACAUGCAGUUGGAUGUGUAAUCACCACAUGGCCAACAUCUUUGACUUCACCCUGGACGAACUACACAAGCUCAGGAGUGGGCCGUCGAGUGUUGACCAGGACUCCACAGAUGUUUCCACGUCAGGUUCUGUCAUCACCAGUAGCUCCUACCAGCCAGCCAGGCGAAAGGUGGGCAGCAGGAAGAGGAAGUUGCCCAGCUAUGCCAAUAACCAGUGGACCAAUCACAAUGAGGCAGGGGAGGAUCUCGGCGAGGAAGAAGCUUCCGCCGCCGGGGACGACGCGGGAUACGCGGCCGACCCCUCCCCCUUCCUGUCAGACCCCUCCGACUCGUCCCGCCUGCAUUCCUCCAUCUCGUCAUAUUUCGGCGCCUCGUGCCGGCUGAUCAGCGAGCUGAAGCGCGCCUCCUUCCAUUGGCUGUCAUGUGGUCAGAGGGCGGAGCCUAACACCUGGAGCAAGAUGUUCUGCGUCCUUUCCGACUGUCAUCUACUGUUGCUGGACAACCUGGAGGUUCAUCCUCUGCUCCUGUCGGAGAGGGCGGAGACUUGUACCGUGUGGCUGCUAAGACACACCCUCCACGUGAACGCGGCGCCUCGCCACUCCGCCCACAAAGGUGAGGGCACACGGCACGCCAUGGACCUGGAAGACCAGACGGCCUGGCGCCAACAUGGCGCCGCGUCUCUUCCCGACCGUGCAGCGUGGCGACAGAGCGUGCUCAGUAGCGCCGCCUUGGACACACCCGGCGCCAAAGUGACGGGCUUCCUGUCCAGGACGUUGAAGCAGUCUCUUCGGAGAACUCGCUCCCAUCCCAAAGUGUUCCGCCAGAGCAGCGUCAACAUGGCCGACGGCAGGCGUGUGAUGCGGCGACUGCGUUGCGGCAGCCAGGAGUCACUCUUAGGCGCGGGGGGCGUGGCCUCUUUGGAGCUGAAGAUGGACCAAUCGGUGAUCAUCAAACCAGUCCACUCGUCCCUGCUGGGCCAGGACUUCUGCUUUGAGGUAACCACCUCCACGGGGACCAAGUGUUUCUCCUGUCGCUCGGCGGCGGAGCGGGACAAGUGGAUGGAGAACCUGAGAAGAGCGGUGCAGCCCAACAAAGACAACAGCAGACGGGUGGAGAACCUCCUCACGCUGUGGGUGAUCGAGGCCAAGGACCUGCCGGCCAAGAAGAGGUACUUCUGUGAGCUGUGCCUGGACGACAGUCUGUACGCCCGCACGUCCUGCAAGAUGAAGACCGACAACAUCUUCUGGGGCGAGCGCUUCGACUUCAGCAGCGUGCCGCCCGUCAGCGCCGUGACGCUGCACAUCUACAAGGACACGGACAGGAAGAGGAAGAAGGACAAGAGCAGCUACGUGGGCCUGGUCAACAUCCCCGUCGUCACGGUGACGGGAAGACAGCUGCUGGAGAAGUGGUACGCAGUGAGCAUGCCCAGUACCAUCAGAGCCAAGUCGUGCGUGCCCACGGUGCGGGUGAAGGCUCGCUACCAGAGCGUGGUGAUCCUGCCCAUGGAGCAGUACAAGGAGUUUGCAGAGUUCAUCAGUGCCAACUACCUGCUGCUCUGCAACACUCUAGAAGCUUCCAUGGGCCUGAGGGCCAAGGAGGAGCUGGCGGCGGUGCUGGUCCACAUCCUGCACAGCACCGGCAAGGCCAAGGACUUCUUGACGGACUUGAUGAUGUCAGAGGUGGACCGUUACCGUGACAACGAUCAACUGAUCUUCAGAGAAAACACCCUGGCAACCAAAAGCAUCGAAGAAUACUUGAAGCUGAUUGGACAGAAGUACCUGCAGGAUGCACUGGGUGAGUUCAUCAAGGCUCUGUACGAGUCAGACGAGAACUGCGAGGUGGACUUGUCUCGCUGCGUGACCUCGGACUUGGUGGAGCACCAGGCCAACCUGAGGAUGUGCUGUGAACUGGCCUUCUGCAAGAUCCUGGACUCUUACAGAGUGUUCCCACGGGAGCUGAAGGAGGUGUUUGCGUCAUGGCGACAGGAGUGCGGUAACCGGGGGCGACCGGACAUCAGCGAGCGCCUCAUCAGCGCCUCGCUCUUCCUGCGCUUCCUGUGUCCGGCGGUGAUGUCGCCCUCGCUCUUUGACCUCAUGCAAGGCUACCCGGACGAGCGCACGGCCCGCACGCUGACGCUCAUCGCCAAGGUCAUCCAGACCCUCGCCAACUUCAGCAAGUUCGGCUUGAAGGAGGAGUACAUGCUGUUCAUGAACGACUUUGUGGAGCGUCAGUGGAGCAGCAUGCAGCGCUUCCUGCAGGAGAUCUCACACCCUGAUGGACUCAACCACACCGCCGGCUUUGAUGGGUACAUAGACCUGGGCCGGGAACUGUCCACCCUGCACACCCUGCUGGCUGACCUGGACCAGUCGUGUCUGUCAAAGCUCAGUCCACUUCCACGGAUCCUAAGAGACGUGUCGGCAGCACUGGCCAACCCAGGGGGCGGGGCUUAUCCCGGCAAAGUAUUGGCGUCCUCUCCAGAGCUCCAGCGCCUGGUGUCUCCUCCCCCUUUGUCUCCGCCCCUUUCUCCUCCUCUGGCGGCCUGCAAUCCCUCACUUGGCCAGCAGUGUGGGGUCGGAGCGGAUGGGGGGCUGGUGGACUUCACCAGGCUUCCUUCGCCGACUCCGGAGAACAAAGAUUUAUUCUUCGUCACCAAAGGCUCCAGUCUGCAGCCGGCGUCAGGCCUGCGCGGCUCUCCGGCGCCCAGCUCCUCCUACUCGGAGCCCAACGACGAGGCGGCGUUUGAGCACGCCAACGGGGGCAGGAGGGAGGGGCCAGAGAUGACGACGGAGAGUCGCAGCCUGUCUCUGAUCGACCUGCAGGACUCCUCCCCCGGCGACGCCCACGACGAGAGCCAAUGGCAGCGCAGGGCGGGGCUCCUGCCUCUGUCCUUCCAGAACCCCGUCUACCACAUGUCGUCGCGGCCGCCGCAUCCGCCCGAGGCCACACCCGCCGACGGCCCGGCAACUUCGCAGGGCAACGCCGACGAGCGACACGCGGCGCCCGCCAAGCCGGCCUUCCUCACCCAGAUGUCGGUGGGCGUGGCCGGCGGCGAGCAAGGGGAUCGGAUGUCGGCCAUGUCCAGCAGCAGCAGCGGGGAAGAAUAUUCCAGAAGAGCGCUCUCCGAAACACUUCCAGGUAGCUCCGCCCCUCCCCGUCAAAACUCUUCCGGUCCUCAGCGACGCAUCGACCAACCUCCUCCCCCCUCCUCCGCUCCCCCGGGCCCACCUCGGGGACGCACGCCUCCCAGCAUGCUCGGCGGCGGCGGCGGCGGCGGAGGCUCCGCCUACCCUCCUCGCCCCGCCUCCGGCAGCAUGAUGUCAUCGAGUCCCGAUUGGCCGAGCAGCGGACACUCGCGACUGCGUCAGGCCUCCUCCUCGUCCAAAGGCGACAGUCCUGAGAAACAGCGGCCCGCCACCAAGGCACCAUCUCCAUGUGCCUUGGAUCGCACCGCCGCCUGGUUACUCAACAUGAACUCCGCCUCUUCCUACGCCGAGACGGAAGAUGAGCGUCACGACGACGCCCUCGUUGAAAGGUACCAGCAGGACAUCGCACUGCUGCAGGAGAAACUGCGCGUGGCGGCGCUGCGUCAGGAGGAGUGCGAGUCCCGCCUCCUUGUCCAGGACCAGCAGAACCAGCGUCUGCUGCAGGAAUACCAGGCCCGGCUGGAGGACACAGAGAGUCGACUGAGGAGGAUGCAGGAUGAUAAAGAUCUCCAGAUGAACAGUAUCAUCAGCAGGUUGAUGGCGGUGGAAGAGGAGCUGAAGAAAGAUCACUCUGACAUGCAGGCGGUGGUGGACUCCAAACAGAAGAUCAUCGAGGCCCAGGAGAAGAGGAUAGCGAGUCUGGACGCUACCAACGGUCGCCUGAUGGCGGCGCUCACUCAGAUGAAGGAGCGUUACGGCGUGACCUCGCAGAGGAACGGUCUGUCGCCUAGCAACACGUCGUCCUUGCAGAUCACGGAGAACGGCGAGUUCCGGAAUUCGGGUAAUUGUUGAGGCGCCGACGACAGGAAGUGCUCGCUCUCUUUGUGCCCUUUGCGUUGUCAAGGACAUGUGACCUUUGAACUUUGGUCCUCACCUCGCCGUUUCCCUCUCUGAACGAGACCUCGGAAGCCUGACACCACUUCCUGUUUCCAUGCACGGCUUCCUGCUUUGUGGUCGGAGACGCCAGCGUUUGUGUUGACGUGCAGCAGGAAGCAUGCAAAGCUUCAAAAUAAAAGACACUUUGCGCCAUCAUUGUAAAGUUCCCACAAUCUUAAAUUAUUCUUUAGAAAAUUCUUGUCUUCUCAUUUAUUUGGUUGUGAAACCACUUUACUACUUUCUUCUUGUAGCUAAAGCUACACACAGGUUACCAUGACAACCAAUCAGAAGAUUCCAAGUGUGAAAUAUCCCUAACAACACAUACUGAUUUUGUAAGUUGACUCCUUAAGAUACCAACCCUGUUUAUUUCAUGCAGGGAAACAAAGUAUUUCACUCAAAUGAUUGAAUUUAUAACUUUAAGAAAGUAGUCAGUCCCCCACAACCCACACAUGA